UUUUCCCUCACCAAAGCUUCGGGGGUUUCGGAGGCCAAGCGGCUACUAAACCAUGAUUAAUGGUAGCAGUGUAUCAGCAACCCCCAACCCUUAUCUCUUCAGCACACACCGCCCUGCAACCCUGAAGCUCACCUCACACACUAACGCACAUCCAUAGAUUUCACUGCAGAGUGACCAACACUGCAACACACAAACACACACAGACAGACUGGAGGCAGAUAAGAGGAAAAGCAAUUCUGAAGUAAAGCACAAAUGUAUCCUUAAGAAUUAAAAAAUCUAAAUCAACCUCAUACUGGACUCAAAACCUGAAUGCGGAGCAAGCAGCAAGAAAAAGGGUGCCUGUCCCUUUAAGGAAAUUUGACACUGAGGAAACCAAAAGCAAAAUACUUCUGGAGAAAGGGAACUGAGCCACACUCAUUAUUCUCACUCCCACACCAACGAGGAGCAACAAACAUCCUGAAAACAACGGUUUCUAAGUGCAGAAUGUGAGACAGCCGCCCUGGUUCAGCGAUAUAAGAAGACUUCACCAGUGUAGGAAAUUCUGAUGUCAACAACCAGAAAUGGCAUCUGGCAGCAGUCUCUUCUCUGAGGACCAGUUUCUGUGUCCCAUCUGCCUGGAUGUCUUCACUCGCCCAGUUUCCACUCCAUGUGGACACAACUUCUGCAUGUUGUGUAUUGAAACCUACUGGAAAGAUGCGCAAGUCUGUCGGUGUCCUGUCUGUAAUCACGCUUUUGAAAGAAGACCGGAUCUCAAGGUCAACACUUUCAUUUCAGAGCUCGCGUCAAACGUCUUGUCGCUUAAAGCUAAAGAUUUUGACACCUGGAGUGCUCAUUCACUGCAGGCCAGCCCUGGAGCUGGGGUGCUAUGUGGCAUCUGUACCGACACGCCGCAAGAAGCAAUUAAAUCAUGUGUGGAGUGUCAGACUUCAUACUGCGACGUUCAUCUGGCGCCUCAUCACCUUGCCCCUGGACUGAAGAAGCACACGCUGAUUGAACCUGUGGCGAGCCUGGAGGGGCGCAUCUGUGAGGAACAUAACAAGCUGCUGAUGUGGUUCUGCAGAGAUGACAGCGCUCUGUUGUGUGACGUCUGCUCCAGCUCCCGCCACAAGGAGCACUCUGUUGUUCCUGUGGAGCGGGCGUACGACGAGAAGAAGAACCUGCUGGAGCACACUGAGGGUAAAGUGCAGCGGAUGAUCCAGGAAAGGCUCCAGAACGUUGUGAAAGUGAAGGAAUCAGUAAAGCUAAGCAAGACAGAAACUGAAAAGGUGACUGCCAGCGGCGUGCAGGACCUAACAGACCUGGUGUCUGAGAUUCAGAAGAGUCAGACAGAGCUCAUCGCGGUCAUCGAGGAGAAGCAAAAAACUGUAGAACAAGAAGCAGGAGGGGUAAUUAGUGAUAUGGAGAAGGAGAUCACAGAGCUGCAGGUGACAAGUGUGAAGCUGAUUGAGCUAAAGCAGACUAAAGAUCAGCUCCAUUUUCUCCGGCACUACCCAAGCUCCUCUGUCCUGCCUCAAACAAUGGAUCCUUCCCAUCUCAGCUUUAACCGACACCUGGAGAUACAACACAUAGGCGAAUCUUUGAAAAACUCCGUCUCCCAGCUGCGAACAACGCUCAACAAAAUGAACACAGACAUACAAAAACUGUGCGACAGAUCAGACGUGUCAAAUAAAGCCACGCUCAGAUAUAUGCAGCAGUAUGAGGUGAACGUCUUGCUGGAUCCGGACACGGCUCAUCCUCUGCUCAUGAUAUCGGACGACUUGAAACAAGUAAGAUACAGCAUGCGCUCAGGAUGGUUGGCAAACCAAAUCUCGAACCCAAGCAUGUUCACUGAGCAUCUUGCAGUUCUGGGAAACAGAAGCUUCUCAUCCCGCAAGUUUUACUUCGAGGUUUACGUGGGCCAGAAGACCGAGUGGUGUCUGGGCAUGGCUGCUGCGUCGGUCCAGAGGAGAGGGUCACUCAGUCGGGAUUCGCGUAGUGGGCUGUGGGCCAUGUGGUUCCUGGAAAAUAAGUUUGAAACCUUCAACUCUCCGGAUGAGCUGGUACACUUUGGGAAAGUGGAGCGGAUCGGGGUUUUUGUGGAUUACGACCGAGGUCAAAUAUCAUUUUGGGACACGGAGGCUGCAACACUUAUUUACUCUUUCACUGAGUGUUUCUUUACCGAGGAGCUAUAUCCGUACUUUAAUCCCUGUGACAAUGAAUUUGGCUCCAAUUUAGAUCCCAUGAUAAUAGUUCCUGUUGGUGAAAGCGAGUCAGCGGGGCUUCAGAGACUCACCCUUUGAAUCAAAUAUUUUAUUCUGUUUGAGUCUUUGUGGGGUAAAAGCCAAGUGCCUUACAUUUAAAGACAUAUAUCCAAUAUGAAGGACGUUUUGGAUAUUUAAUGUCUUUAUCAGAUAUUUAUCAGUGAGAUAAUGUGAAUAUGUGAGGUUUUCUUGCUAAAUUUGCUAAUCGCCUAUCCAAGUACAGAUUUUUUUCAGUUUUGUUUGGUUUCUUUUUGCUAUUAAUUAGCUAGAGAAAAAUAGAUCAACAAUUCUAACGUGUUUCAGCUCCUCGUCAAACUGACACAACAUUUGGGCGUUUUUCUCUCGUUUGAAAAUGUUCAGGUACAAGGAUGGGACUGAAAAUGAUGGAAAAAUCUUCCAGAAAGCCUGAAGAACUAUUGCUGCAGACCACUUUAAAAUUACAAGAAAGACUGGCUCCUUGGAAAGAAAAUAUAAAGAAAUGACAGUAGAAUAAAUCCAGUUUUGACAAAUAAAAAGGAAAAGCAAACUGAUAAAAACAGUGAAUGUGAAUCUCAAUAUGAAAGUCUCUCAAUGUUUGUUUUAAGGAGGAAAAUAAUAUUCAAACCUUCAGAAAGUUUAGAUGUGCAUUUAAUGACUAAUGAGUUAUUUAUUAUCACAGUUUUUCGUAUAAUAAUUAAAUUAUUUAGUCUAUCACGUUAUGACACAUUGCCAGGCAGCUUCAUAAUUGUCUUAUGAAUGUAGGACGGUGGCUUCAUCUGCAGACUAAUUCAUUACACUACAAAAAAAAAGACUAAACUAUAGAGGGGGGUUUUUUCUGCUACAUAUGGUGACGUCAGUUUAAGGGUGAAAGGUUCGAGGCUUGUAACGAGUUCGGCACUUCGUGCACAGAAGAUUGAACAGCAUGUUAACGAGGGAGAAGAAUGGGUGGAAAUAAUAAAAUUGAGGAUUUAACUGAAAAGAAAGUGGUGCUGUAAAUGGGAGCAACCCCUGUGAUUUCAAGACAAAAUAUGAAUUCACCAGGUGUUCUUACUUAUAUAGCCGACAUGGAGGUACGAGUGGAGUCGGUAAAGUGGUGAAAGGACUAAAAGGAUGUGCGUCUGUAAGUCACGAAUAGAUGCACAUUUUGCACGUGUUUACGGAUUUGUAGAAAGAAAUGUUGCUGCGGAGUAGUGUAUUCUUUUGUAUGUGUUUUUGGGCACUGUGAGCACUGCUAAAGUAGAUUCCAGUAUAUUAAACAGAUACAACAGAUAUAUCCACAUAGCAAGUCAGAGAAAAACACUGUCCCUUUAAUUUUGAUAUAUUUAAUAUUACAUAUAUACCUGAUUGAACAUCGAUCUGAUUUAAUUUUCAAGUGUCAACUGGAGUCAUAAUUCCCUGACUCAUUGCAAUGGUUUUUGUAUUUUUUUGCAAUAUCCAAAUAAAUAAUAUUUGUGGGGAAUGAAAGUCAAAAUAAAUGACAUUUUUUGCCUACAAUUUGUGGAUUUUGUAGCUCCUUUUUUCACC